UUGAACUGUUAUUUUUGUUUCCAAGGUUCUAGAUGCCAAAAUACUGCAUUAUAAAGAUUACCCAAGUGAAACUCCAUCACCAUGAAAGAGGUUGAGCCGUUCCAGAGCAUUCAGAUUGAAGGAUGUUGAAAUACUAGCCUUCAGAUGUAAUAGUGAGCCAACCGAACCAGAGAGACCUAUCAUAGAGACAGCUUUGGCAGAAGCUCAAAUUUGUGAGGUAGGAGAUAUCAAUGAUUUUAUCCUCUAUUUUAAGCCUAUACCUUUUAACUAAUCUGUGCCCCAUAAAAUUAAUGAGCAGGACAUGUAUCAUUCUCUGAUCCACAACAAUAGCAACCUCGAUUCCUCUAGGACUUCCUUUCCUUCAGAAAGGCAUUUGUUUAUGCAAGCAGCAAGGGGUUCGGGAGAACCGGGACUGGUUCUCUCUACUGAUGCCAAGCCUAGACUAAAAUGGACUCCUGAGCUCCAUUCGAGAUUUGUAGAGGCAGUGAAGCAACUUGGAGGAGCUGAAAAAGCCACACCAAAAACAGUCAUGAGGCUCAUGGGAAUCCCAGGAGUAACUUUGUACCACCUUAAAAGCCACCUUCAGAAGUACAGACUCAGUAAGAACAUAUUAGCUCAAAGUAAUGGUGGGACUGAAAAUAAUGUGAAAAUCCCUACAGCAGCAUUGGACAAAACCUCAUUAGAAGGCAAUGGAUCAUUAGUUAAUAAUAUCAACUUUGGGCCCCAUAAAUAUAAAACGAUGCAGAUAAGUGAAGCACUGCAGAUACAAAUGGAGCUAAAUUAG